ACAGAAUCAUAAAGUGGUAAAACUGGACAGGAUUUUAGGGAUUGUUUAGUCCAGACCAUUCGCUUUAUACUGGGUAAUUAAAUGAUUGCUCCAAAGGCUCUCUUAUCUCUCUUGAGUGGGGGAAUUAGGGUCAAGACAGGUGCAGGACUUGCAAGCACCACACCCCUUAAUCCUGGCAGUGCUGAGCAAGGCUUCCAUGCCAACCUCCCUGAUCCAGCCAGCUGUCAGACUGGGGUUCAGGAUGGCAGAGGAAGGCAAUGUGGACGAGGACGAUGUGUUCCUGGUGUUUGCCCAUGGUCCCUCUCCUCCCAGGGGUCCCCUUCGUCAGACCUUGGACAAGGCCUUCUUUAUCUUCCUGGUCCUCCUCCUGACACUGCUGAUGCUGCAGGCUGCCUAUAAGCUGCUGUGGCUGCUACCAUGGGCAAAGUUUGGGGACUGGCUCCUGCAAACACCUCAGAAGGAGCAAGAGCUGGAAUUGUGACCAUCUUUCCUAGAAGCAUUCUCUCUCCCUGCCACAGAGGUGAGAGGGGAGACAGGAGGGAAAUGGGACUGUUGGGGGUUGUGGAGGGGACAUUUAUAUAGCUUAGAGAAGCAAUCUUAAUUUCCUUGAAGUAAUUUUGAGAAUAAAUAAUUAUGAAAUAAUUUUGAAAACGUAUGUAAUCUCUCAUUUUUAAGUGGCAUCUAAAAUUUUUCAUCAUAAAUUAAGGUUGCUUCAAGAAUUGAAAUCAAUAUUGGCAUAUUAAUAAUGUUCACAUUUUAAAAUAAAAUAGUUAAAUCACCCUUUUGAAUGUCAAAUUGAAUUGAGAUAUCAUAGUGACUUGAUGGAGCCCAGGUGAAACAGUGGUUAAGAGUUGGGGUGCUAGCCAAAAGGUGAGCAGUUUGAAUCCACCAGCCACUCCUUGGAAACCCUAUGGAGCAGUUCUGCUCCAUUUCUAGAGGGUCGCUAUGAGUCGGAAUUGACUCAACCGCAAAGGGUUUGGUUUGGUUUUUUGGAUGAAAGGAAUAGGCUCUUUGUCUCUUUGAGACAAGGUAAGAUUAACUAAAAAAAAAAAAAAAAGAUUACCACAGGAGAUUUUAUGGUUGAGAGCUAUACUCUUCUUUUUUUAAGAGGGAGGAAGUCCAUUGUAAAAGGGGAAGGGAAGAAAGAGAACCUGUACUGCCGGUGCUUACUCAGGAAAACAAUUUUGGGAAAGGUGAGGAUCUGGAAAUUAGAUCCAGUAAAACGCCCAUGCUCAGGUACCCUUUGGAGUGUCUUCAUGGUCUCAAUUUGAAGACUUAGGCUUAGAGAACUGGAGAGAAGUGGUGUGGAAUUCUUUAAUGGGAGGGAAGGUUUGAUGUUCUGGGAUUCCAAAGAUGUGGGGGAUGUAAGGGUGGUACUAGAAAGUGGGAAGAUGCUCGCUACUUAUGGAAUGCACAGGAUGCAGGAGGUGAAAAUCUCAGAGACUGGAGUCGUGUUAAUCUUUUGGGUUUGCACAUGAGCUCACCUCUGGACUUUGCCCCUGCCUUGACGAGUCCCUCUAGCCCCACUAAAGCUGGCCGAAGGGGUGCGGGUGAGACAGGCAUCACAAUCAGUUUCUUCCUCCUUCCUUCUUUCCACAGCAAUCCCACAGGAAGAGGAGACGAGACCCCAGGUACUUCACGAGACUCAUUUCUCAUUUCGUCUCAUACCCUUACAGUGGCAAUUUGAUCAGAUUCUUAAAACCCUUGCCCCAUCGCCGGUCCUUAGGCGCUGGACUCCUCUACGAAGCACAGCCUCCUGGUCAGCGCCUCCUGCGCGUCGGGGAACCCCUCUCGAGAAGAACAGAAAACAACCCAGGUCCCAUCUGCUUGAUUGAUCGUUACGUGGUGAUGGGUGAAAAGCAAAUCAACAGUGGCAAUAAUAAUAACGCAUUUGUGUAGCGCGUUGUGCUUCUUCGUGUGCAUGUGUUAUGAUUUCACGAUGGGGAGAUGGAGGCAUCUAGAUGUAGAGCUAGAUGGAGGGUAGCAGCAAGGGGCGUGCAGCCGUCGGAAGAAAAGGGGCGGACGCAGUUGCUUAAGCUUUGCAAACCAACACCUGGGAGAUAGGAAAUCUGGGCCGGAAGGUUUGUCAAUAGCCCAGCGGAAGGAAAGGAUUUUUUUUCCUCUUAAGAGAUUCUCACUCUUCUAUGAAACCUUCCACAGCCUUGGGGAACCCAACUCCUUAUCUAUCCUGUUCCGUUCCCCCCCCCAAUUGGAAAAGUGGCUCAAUCCUCCCUGCACGCGAUUCACCGGCGGUUGCGCUCAGUGCAAGAAGUUUCUGAUUGGCGGAAUCGCAGAAGCACCGGGUGAAAAGAGCCUCACUGGCUUCGCGCAUAAGUCCGGACUGAGACAACGCCGUACGGCAAAAUGGCGAUCCCCGGGUGCUUCGCACUCCUUGAAGGGACAAACCACGCCC